AUGGAUUUUGCCUUAUUGAUGAAGUUAGCUCAGCGCAAUGUGGCUCAUACGGAACAAAAAUCAACGUCUCAUCACUAUCCGACCAAGCUUGCGGUUCCCAAAAAGAAAUGUAAGGAUAACAAAAAAUCAGACAAAAUCAAAAAAUUCCUUGCUAAAAAGGCACAGGAGGAGUGUAAGGAUAAAAAAUUGUCAGAUAACAUUAAAAAGUUCCUUACUAAAGAGGAACCAAAGGAAAGCGAAUGCAUUCCGGAGAAGAAGCGGAAACGUGAUGAGCUGCCCGGUAAGAGUGACCCAAAGGCAGAGCGGAAAACCGAAAAGUCCGCUAACAAGUCAGCAUUAAAGGAUGCUGUAAGCACUCAAGAUAACGCACGACCACUCCAGGGCCCUCAUCAACUACCUUUGGACGAUUAUGGUCACACGUCUAAUGUGGCCUCUCAAUUCUUUCAGCAGUUCGUGGAGAAGUACAAUACCACUGUCGCUGCGGCAGAAUCCCGAAAAGGUACAAAAAGGAACACGAAAGAAGAAGGGCAGACAAGCAAAGUAGUUAAUCGUCCGGCUGGGCUUGAUUUUGCCACGGUAAUCAAACUAGCCGAGAAGAACCAGUUCGAGCCGAUCAAGAAAGGCCCGUCAGAACCAGAGCGGUUAAUGACAGAGAAGGAAAGACGAGAAUAUGAGGAGCAUAUGGCCUAUCUAGAGCAAAAGAAACUGCGUGACCUGGUGCGAAACGAUCCUAAACUUUCGGAGAAAGAAAAACAAAUUAGGCUUGCAAAAUUGAAGCAAAAUAAACCAGAAGUCACUUCAACAACGAAAUCUCAAUGCGUCAAAAAUCAAAAGAAAUUGGCAAACAAAUCUUCUUCAUCUUCUGGAUCGAAAGCAAUAUCAACCAGUUCUCGAAACGAUUCUUCUUCUACGUCAUCGAAUGACGACCAACAGCCAUCGCGGCCGUUUCCGUCAGGGGAUAUGCAACGCAAGCGAUCCUCCAUCGGCGGUGGCGUACGACCGAAAACACGCCGUCCAAUGAUCCGUGAUAGCGAUAGCGACUACGACUCCGAGAUGGACGACUUUAUCGACGACGAUGUCGGCGGGGAGGAGGAUUACUCAUCGCACAUUCGUGCCAUCUUCGGUUACGAUCGGUCCCGCUAUCGAGACGAAGAUUUCGACGAUCGCCGGAUGGAGUCAACCUAUGCCCAGCAAAUGCGCGAAGAGAUGAUCAGCAAAAAGCUCGGCAGAAAGGAGGAUCUGGAGGAUAUGCGAGCCGAGGAGGAGGAAAAGCAGCAAAAGGCGGCGAUGAAGAAAAAGCAAAAGUCUAAAGGCAGGAAGUAA